GACCUAAGCAGGAUUCUGAAGAGUGAAGAGAUCCAGAAAGCACUAUGUGCACCAAAUAAGAUCAACCGCAGAGUUCUGAAGAAGAAUCCUCUGAAGAACUUGAGGAUAAUGCUCAAGCUGAACCCUUAAGCCAAGACAGCAAGACGUAAUGCCAUCCUCAAGCACGACGUUUCGGCAUCACUCUGCAGAACGUGAACAAACAACCUCCUGAGACUCGCCCCUGGUGGUCAAGUUGGACGCUUCUGCAUCUGGACUGAGAGCGCUUUCCGCAAGCUGGAUGAGCUGUAUGGCACCUGGCGUAAACCCGCCUCCCUUAAACUCGGCUACAACCUCCCAAUGCACAAGAUGACCAACACAGACCUAAGCAGGAUUCUGAAGAGUGAGGAGAUCCAGAAAGCACUUUGUGCACCAAACAAGAAGAUCAACCGCAGGAUUCUGAAGAGUGAGGAGAUCCAGAAAGCACUUUGUGCACCAAACAAGAAGAUCAACCACAGAGUUCUGAAGAGUGAGGAGAUCCAGAAAGCACUUUGUGCACCAACAAGAAGAUCAACCAGAGUUCUGAAGAGUGAGGAGAUCCAGAAAGCACUUUGUGCACCAACAAGAAGAUCAACCAGAGUUCUGAAGAGUGAGGAGAUCCAGAAAGCACUUUGUGCACCAAAGAAGAAGAUAAACCGCAGAGUUCUGAAGAAGAAUCCUCUGAAGACCAAGAUGCUGAAACCCAAGAAGAAGCCUGUAAAGAAUUGUAAUAAUAAAACAAGGAUUUCAAAUUCAUGA